UGGUCUUUUCAGUAUAAAUAUAUGCUUCUACUCUCGAAUCACUACCAGUAAUCUGCUUUUAGGGACCUCUGUUUUUAGCUGCAGACACAAAUACACAACUGGAUUUCAAAUAAUCUCAUUUUGAGAUUUAUUUUUUCUUCAGUAUCUUUGCUAUUCCAGAAUGGUAAAAGGGGCAAUGCAACUAUGGUUACGUGCAAUAAUAACUUUGGUUAUAUUGAUUAUUACUGAAGGACACCCUGUUGAUAUUACUUAUCUACAGAGUGCAGUGGCUAAAGGAGCUGUAUGUUUGGAUGGAAGUCCACCAGCAUACCAUUUUGAUAAAGGAUUUGGAGCAGGAGUUAACAAUUGGUUUAUCCAACUUGAGGGAGGAGCAUGGUGCAACAAUGCCACGACUUGCCUUGCCCGUACAAAAACACGAUUGGGAUCAUCUAAACUAAUGGUAAAGACGGUGUCUUUUUCGGGGAUUUUGAGCAACAAGGCUAAGUUUAAUCCAGACUUUUACAAUUGGAACAGAAUUAGGAUUAGAUAUUGUGAUGGGUCAUCCUUUACCGGUGACGUUGAAGCAGUCGAUCCGAAAACAAAAGUAUUCUACAGAGGAGCCAGGAUCUUUUCAGCUGUUAUGGAAGAUUUCUUGGCACAAGGAAUGAAGAACGCUCAGAAUGCUAUUCUGGCGGGAUGUUCAGCUGGUAGUUUGGCUGCAAUUCUACAUUGUGACAGAUUUAAAGCUCUCUUGCCCCCGGGUGCUAAAGUAAAAUGUCUUUCGGAUGCUGGUUUCUUUAUCAAUACGAAGACUAUUUCAGGUACCUCUCAUAUCGAACAGUUCUACAGUGAAGUCGUUAACACACAUGGUUCCGCGAAGAAUUUGCCUCAAUCGUGUACCUCAAGACUGAAUCCGGGAUUGUGUCUUUUCCCACAAAACGUCGCGCAACAAAUCCAGACACCACUUUUCUUGGUAAAUGCAGCCUAUGAUUCCUGGCAGAUAAAGAACAUUUUGGCUCCUGGCGUUGCUGAUCCUCAUGGAACAUGGCGUGACUGCAAGCUCGACAUAUUGAAAUGCUCCUCUACUCAGCUCGAAACCAUGCAAGGUUAUAGGUCGGAGUUCUUAAAAGCUUUGAAUUCACUAGGCCCGUCCUCAACAAGAGGGUAUUACAUCAAUUCCUGUUAUGCACAUUGUCAAACUGGAACACAAGAGACAUGGCUAAGGGACGACUCGCCGAGAUUGGCUGACACGACAAUUGCCAAAGCAGUUGGAGACUGGUAUUAUGAAAGAAAAGUAUUCCAAGAGAUUGACUGUCCUUACCCCUGUGACAAAACCUGCAAGAACCGGAAUUUUGAAUCGGACGCUCGCCCGGAUAAUAUAGAUGAUUGAUGGAAGUUUUUCCUCUGAGAUUGUUAUACAGAGACUUCAAAUUUUCCAAAAGGGAGUUAAGAGAAAAAAUAUGGAAUUAAAGAAGUUGAUUCAAAUGUGUUAUAGUAAGGGAAAGCCAACACUACACAGAAUUGUGUGCUUUGGUGUCCCCAAAAGAGAAACUGUUAUGUAUCAUUUGUUUGAGGUUUUGAUAUUAUGUAAAAGUCAAUAAUUCAGCUUCUAAAGCUUUCACUA